CAUUGAAAGUUAUUUAUAAAAAAACAACACGCACGCACGCACACACACACACACACACACACACACUAACACUCGGGUACUUUUUCUUCUUAACCUUAUUUACUUCAUUUAACGACCAUGACACGUCUAUCAGCUCAUAUCUAAGUCUUGCUUUAAUAAUCAUGGAGGAGAAAACACUGGUUCUUGAAGGUCUUCCAGCAGACUUGGACGUGGUUCGACCCAAACUUGAGCUUUACUUUAAAAACAAGAGGAAAUCUGGAGGAGAGGUCUUAAAAAUCCAAGAACAUCCUGAGAACAAGAGGAAAGCCCUGCUUAUCUACCUCCUAGAUACAGAGUUGAACAAUGUCCUCAAACAAGGAACGCACAAAAUCGAUUUUAAAGCCCAGGGAGUUGCUGAACUGUCCGUGAAACUCUUGCAUGCCGAGAAAGAAAUGGUUAAAUCGCCUGUUCUGAAAAAAACGAAGACAGAAACUCUUGCACAAGUCAAAUCUGUGGCUACUACAGGUAUACAGACCCCUGGCUCCGAAGAUCAAAAAGGAAAUGAAAAACACCCAAAAUCCAAGUGUCUUCUUAUCAGCAGUGAGGAGGCGGUUGAGAAAGAAAUUCUUACAAUGUAUUUUGAACAGUUUACAGAAAAGGCUGAAUUCACAAAACAUGGGCAAAACAAAUGGAUCCUGAAAGUAGCUGAUCAGUCAGAUUUAUUGACGAUCCUGGCCAAGAAGAAGCAUGACUUUGGUUUGACUGUGGAGUUGUACAGAGAAGGUUCUGCGGAGCAACGGGACCCACGGCGCUUCAUCCUGACUGGGUUUAAAGACAGCUGUAAAUGCAAAUUAAUUAGCAUGUUCAUUGGAAGCUGCAGUCCAAAGGUAUCACACACCUGGGAGAUAUUAGACGAUGAGAGAAUUGUGGUCAUCUUCAAAGAAGACAACUAUUCAAAAUCUUUUAUUGAGAAGUGUGCAGCCAAAAAGUUCCAGGACAUGGAGAUUGAAGCCUCUCAUUUAGAGUUGACAGAUUCAGUUCUGGUACAGGGGAAUAUGAGCAAAAUUACAGAAGAUGCUCUUACGCUGUACUUCGAGAACCAUAAAAAGAGUGGUGGAGGUGAAGUCAAGUCAUUAAUCUGGGCCAACAAACAAACGAGUGCUGUCAUAUCCUUUCAAGAUUUCAAUGUUCCACAAGAAGUUGUGAAGCGGAAACAUCAUCUCUGCGGAACAGAUCUGAGCACUUUACUUUUUUACUCCAAUUUCCAGAAGGCUUUGACAGCAGAAACGCCUACGUGGUCCAAUAUAGCUACUAAUAUCAUCGUUCCUGUUCACGAGUUGGUCCUGGGUUUUAUCGAAAGAAAUGAAAAGUGCAAAAAUGAGUUUGAGAGUAAACUUAAGGUUUUUCAUGCUAAUGCAGUUUUUGACAAAACAUCCCCUGGGGCAAUUAACCUUGAAAUGGAUGUGGACAAAGAAUCUUUAGCUGCACUUCGACUAGGGGCAACUUGGGCAAGUAUAGCCCAAAGAGAAGCACAAGCCUUUCUAAACAGGUACAGCAAAGCCGAGUUGCCAGCUGAGAUCGAGGUCUGGAAAAGGGUAGAGCGUGAUUGCCUUGAUUUAGUUACUUCUGAUGUUAAUGUCACCUACAUGGAAACCAAAGUUGCAAUAGUCGGCCUUGAAACAGAAGUAACUGCUGUCUUGGACAAAAUUCGGAACCUUGUUAAGAAAGCAGCUGAAGAUUUAGAAGUGGAAAGGAGCACUGUAGAAAAGGUGAUUCAGUUUGACUUAGUAGAGACACUUGAGUUGGUAGAGAAGCAGGUACAUGCACAACUUCAAAAUGUAACAGUUAGAAUAAAUAAAGCUAACCUGACUUUUCACCUGCAAGGUUUGAGAGAUUUUGCGAAUACCGCUGAAGUGGUCAUCAGGCAAGCACAGGAGAACGUUACCUUUCAGCAACUGAACCUCUCGGCAAAUUUGCUUCAGUUUCUCAAGUCGUUAGAUCUCAAGAAAUUUGAGCAAAGCCAUUUUGUACCAAGUCAUAUACCAGCUUUAUUUGUAAACAAAGGCGACCAUGUUGGGAUUGUCGCAGAGAAAGAUUCCAUCAAGAAAGCGGAGGACAAAGUAAUAAAUGUCCUUCAAGAGGAGGUCAUCCAACUUACUCCUGAUGUAAACGCAGUAAUCAACACUGACCACUGGGCAACCUUUUUAAACAAAACGAAACUGGAAUUAGGUCACGAUUUGCUGAACGUUAACAUCGUUUUUUCUGCAGAACAGAUUGUCAUCUGUGGAUUUGCUCAAGUGGUGGCAAAUCUUACAAAAAAAGUCAAGGAUUAUUUGGAGAACAAGACACCGGUAACUGAAGAUAUCCAUCUUAAAUCUAUGCAAGAAGUCGGCUUUGCUGACUCUUGCCUGAACUUGGCAGAAAUUCCCGAACUCCAAAAUCUUGGCGUAACCAUUCAAUGUUGCGUGACAACGAAUCCUCCAUGUCUGAAAGUUACAGCAUCGAAAGAAAAAAUCCAGCAGGUACUAGCGGUUGUGAAAAGGCAUACAUCCUCCAUUUUAACCGAGAAGCAUACUUAUUCUAAAGCUGGAGAAUCUAAGGUGAUACUUAAACACGAAGCCAACAUUCAAGCCAAAGCCAAGGAUUGUGGUUGCAAGGCUUACAUUUCAACUAGCAAGACUGGGCCUUCAAAAAAAUACAGCCACCAAAUAAACAGCAGCAUCACUUUAACAGUUACAGAGGAUGAACUGCACCACUUCCCAGCCGACGCUUUAAUUUGCCCCAUUAGUAGCAAACUAGCUUUUGAUAAUCCUAUUGCUCAAAACUUUCUUCAAGUCGCAGGUUUGGAUAUUCAAGUGGUAUUCGAUAGACUCCUGAAAGAAAAGCAGACUUUGCUUUCUGGAGAGGUGGUCCUCAGUGACCCUGGGAAUCUCAAUGCCAAGACCCUUGUUUAUACCGUGUUGCCUGAGAGUGGCCAACAGUUCAGCUCUCACUACCUGAAGUUAUCUGCUCUGAAUAGCCUCCAAAGAGCAGAUUCUACAAGCAAUACUUCUAUCGCAAUGCCGGCGAUUGGCUGCGGAAGUUUUGGGUUCACGGCCAAAGAAAGUUGCAUGGCAAUCAGAGAUGCAGUUCUGCAGUUCAUCAAUGAUCAACAGAAUUCCCCAAAGAAUAUAAAGAAAAUUUUUGUAGUAGAACCUGAUGUGAAGUUAUUAGAAGAGUUCAACAGCAACAUUGCUCAACUGGGCUUUCCAUCUGCCACUCCAACAAGAACAACCUCUCAAGACCAAACAAAGAUUCUAAAUCUAAACCUUGACCCAACAUCAGACACAGAAGUUACUGUUUAUGGAGUGAGAGUGUCCGUCAAAAAAGGAGAUAUCACCAAAGAAACCGUGGAUGUCAUUGUUAACUCUAACAACAAAGCGUUGGAUCUUGAUACAGGUGUGUCUGGAGCCAUUCUGAAGGCAGCUGGAAAUUCAGUCGUGGAUGAAUGCAAAAAGCACGGUCCUCAGAAAGAGAACGGCGUGGUAUUGACGAGCGGAGGUAACCUUUCAUGUCAGCACAUCGCUCAGAUGGUUGGUCCCAACAAUGCUGCUGAUAUCACUUCCUCGAUAGAGACGGUCCUGAAGCUGUGCGAAACUACAGCGGCUGCUACAGUCGCCGUCCCUGCGAUAGGCACAGGGAGAGGUGGAAUUAAAGCAAGUGACUCCAUUCAGGCUAUUUUGGCCGGAUUGGAAAACCAUUUGACACGGUCAACAUCGUCCAGCCUUCAGAAAAUCACCAUAAUGGCGUUCGAGCAGAAGAUUUUCGACGCAUACAGUGACUAUUUAAAGGACAGGAAUAGCAAGACUACUUCUAAUUCCACCAGUAUGCCUGCAAAUAAAGUCAGAAUUGCAGGUGUGUGGAUCGAGAUCAGAAAAGGGAGCAUCACCAACGAAUCCGUCCGUGGUAUUGUCAACACCACCAAUAACCAAAUGAACUUGACAGGAGGAGUCUCAGGGGCCAUUUUUAAAGCAGCUGGACCAACAGUUCAGCAAGAGUGUCAACAACAUGGUCCCAUUAAGAGUGACACAGUUGCGGUGACCAGUGCUGGAGAUUUGCAGUGCGAUUUUAUCAUUCACAUGAUGGGACCCCACUCCGCUGCAGACGCAAGAUUACGGGUAACCAAAGUAUUGGAGAGAUGUGAAGAUAAGCAGAUCAGCACCGUUUCCUUCCCUGCUGUUGGCACCGGUGGAGGUGGUGUUAGUAAUUUGGACUCCAUUACUGCGAUGCUACAUGGCUUUCACGACCACUUGUCUCGAUGUUCCUCUACCGCUCUCAAACUCAUUUAUAUCGUCAUUGAGCGAGACGAGGUUAUAAAAGAAUUUCAGCAAGGGCUGAAUCAGUGGAUUCUAACCUCCCAGUUCACUGACGAUAGUGAAGAAGAAGAAGAAGAUGACUGUGGAAGCAUCAUAGAAGCGAUUAUCGGCCCGAUCAAGGUGAAAGUGCUUUGCGGCGACAUCACAAAAGCGACGACAGACGCGAUAGUCAGCAGCACCAAUACCAGCCUGAAUCUAAGCUCAGGUGUAUCAGGUGCAAUCAUCAAAGCAGCAGGACAGACCGUCGUGGACGAAUGCAAAAAUCUAGGUGUUCAACCCGGCGAUGGCGUGGUCCUCACAACAGCUGGAAACCUUCCAGUUAAACACAUUGUCCAUAUGGUUGGCCAGACAAAGGAGAAAGAGAUCACAGCCUGCAUGUAUAAAGUCCUUAAGUUGUGUGAGGAAAACAAGAUUCAGUCGGUUGCAUUCCCGGCUCUCGGAACCGGAGCUGGAAACUUGGCAGCAGGUCGGGUAGCGAAUGCCAUGAUGGAUGCACUGGCAAAUUUUUCAAUCGACGUGCCAUUGUUUUUAAAAACAGUACAUAUUGUGAUUUUCCAAAGCGCAAUGUUUUCCGAUUUUGAGGACUCCAUGAAGAAGUUUAAACGGAUUUCCCAAAAUCGCUCUCCAGGAAAAGUGUCUAAUCCUACUCAACAAACAUCAGACUCCACCAAGUUUUGCCUCGCUGCCCAGACUGCUUCAGUGACGUUCCCAGUCACGCAUGUAGACCUGUACGGAACAUCAUCUGCUGACAUUGGCAAGGUUAAAAAGUUCCUAGAUGAUCUAAUUUCAGAAGAGUGGAUCAGGAAGGACGUUCAGUCCAACCAUCUGGCCAACUUUCCUGAAGCCGAACAAAAGAUUGUCGAGCUCAGCCAACGCAAUCAAGUGCAUGUUUUUGUGGCUGCCAAGGACAAGCUGAUCGUUUCAGGGAAAAAGGAAGAUGUUUUAGACAUCGUCCUCAACAUCAACAACUUCAUCCAGGCCUCCCAGAACAGGGAGCUCCGAAAAGGUGAAGAAAGGAGGCUGAGUAAAACGUUGCGCUGGGAGGUCGCCGAAGGAGAGACCUGGGUCCCGCUGAACUCCAGCAUUAGUUAUAAAAUUGAGCUUGCGUUUCAUAAAAAAGAGCAGAAAUUUACCUACAAGGACAAAGGCGAAAGCUUUACAGUCGAUUUCAAAGAGAUGAAGCUUGUAAACAGCAAGGGGAUUACCCGCAAGGUCAAGAGGACCCUACUUGUCGACUCAGACACAGCUAUCAUUCAAUCUCCAGCAACCUGGUCCAAAAUGAGUGGAAAUGACCUAGAGGUCAUCGAUCUUCCACAAAAUUCAGAAGAAUACAAGAAAAUUGAGAAAGACUUUGUACGCUCGAGUGUACACAAAGACAUCGCUCCUGUCCAAGUGGUGGAGAUCUGCAGAAUUCAGAGUCAGUCACAGUGGCAACGGUACUGCGUCUUGAAGCAGGCCGUGGACAAAAAGUACCCCAAGCAGAAAAACGAACAGAUUCUAUAUCACGGGACGACCAAAGAAAUUUGCCAGAAGAUCAACAAGAACGGAUUCAACAGGAGCUUCUGCGGGAGAAACGCCGUCGUACACGGCGAAGGCACCUACUUCGCCAGAGAAGCUUGGUACUCCUGCUAUGAUCAGUAUUCUAAUCCAGACGAGACUGGUCUGAAGUAUAUCUACAGAGCUCGAGUUGUGACCGGGUCACUGUGUAAAAGCCGAAAAGGAAUGAAGGAGCCGGACCCUCUGGAUCCCAAAGAUCCCCGCGCUGGGCUGCACGACUGCGCCGUGGACGAUUUGCAAAACCCGUUCAUCUUCGUGGUGUUCUGUGAUGCAGGGGCGUACCCUGACUAUCUCAUCAAAUUCAAGAAUGUCUGACCAGUUGUCAUAUUCAAAUUUUAAUCAUCAAUAUUUAUAUUUCAACAAUAAUUCAAAUUUAUGCAAUCACUAGACAUCAUGUUGUGCCUUAACGGUUUACCUCUGCACUAGUUUUUUAACUUUUUUUUUUUUAACACUAGAGUAUGUAAUAAAUGGCAAUAAAUACUAAAUAAAAUAAAAAAAUACGCCUGAUACGUUCGAGUGUGCAGCUUAAAGUUUCUAGAGUUUACAAGUAAGUACUUAUUUAUCGAAAUUUGGGGCGUCGUGUGGGGGCAAAAAUGAGAUCAUGUGGAUCGUUCUACGUGCGACAUUCAUCAUGCACGAGUUGCUGAAGGAUUUCGACAUUUUUAGGGGUUGAGCUCGUUCCUGAUUUCUAGUCGUCUUCCAGGGAUACCACUUUAUAUUUCAAGAAAUUCCACAGAUGUCUAUGACCACGUAGACCACCAUCAUAGCCUUUAGAUGUUCUUUGCCCAAAUUGGGUUCCUAUGCUGUAACUUUACAAUUCCCUUUAUUUAGGAUUAAUAGCCCCAAACACCUCCAUCUACAGAAGAUGUGGAGAAGAACCAAAUAUAAAUGUAAAAGACCAAAGAUAUGAGUCAGUAAAACUGCAUUAGGUUUUCAUGACAUCAUUUAGGGAUUGGAUUUGGGAUAUUUUGAGAAUCUUUAUUAGUUUGAGAAAGCAAACUUCAAAUCAUAAAUGUAUUUAACCUUCACAAACCUUUGUAGUGCAAAAAAUCUUUUCCUGUCGUGUCUGUGGAAAGACGCAGCUCUACCUCUGCCAUGUUGAUCUGUAUCCUUAGUGUUGUGAUGAGUCAUAUUCACGUAGCAGCAGCGGUGCUGAAAGAACGCACUCGAGAAACGAGAAGAAAUCAAUCUACGCAUUAAAUAUUGGUCACAAAUAAAUGAUCACUUUCUAAAGAAUUAAAUUCAAGCGCAUCUACUGAUUAGAUAUAAAUGAAUUGGAUACAAAUAUUUUAAAAACGAUGCAUCGUGAUACAAAUGGCAAAAACUUUUUUACAUCGAUGUCAAACGUUUACUUGUAUGCCGAUGCACGGAUGUGAAUCGAGGAAUCUCUCCAUCUCUAGUUUGGACUCGCAAUUCGCAAUGCAACGAUAUACAAAUUAUAACACAAAACCGAUAUUUUGAAGUCGAAUUAUGGGAAAUUUAGUGGCUGGACUUUUUAACAUUUUGUGUGGGGUUUUUUUUUGUUCCUGAUUGAGGAGUUGGAGCUCGUUAGUGUGAACACCUGAUGGUUAUUAGUGGCAGGGUUUAAAAAGAGUGUUGUGGAGAAGAGCUCAGUUUGCUUUAAGUGGGUUUGUAUAGCUGGUGUAUGGUGUAACUGAUUAUAAGGAAAUCUGCUUUUAAUUAAAAUUUAGCUAAGAAUCAAUUGGUAAAUUGUAUAGCUGGCUGGCUUGUUUGCUAGCUAGCUGGUUGUCUUGAAGGUCUUGCCACUCCAUAAUAUGUGUAGUGGUUUGAGGCUUCGAGUGCUGCUCUGGAAGUGAAAUGAAUGUUUCAUUUGAAAGUAAAUAUGAUCGUGUGUCUGUACAAUAAACUAAAACUUGCUUUUAA